AUGGCCGGCGGACCCCUUGACCUUGAGAGUCAAUUAGUAUUUUACAGAAAGUACCACUUUAACCACAAAAACGUGGCGAUCCAUUUGGGUUGCAUCCCAUUGAUUCUAUUGUCUGCCAUUGCCUUGGCUACCAGGACAACAAUCCUCGGGAAAGACCAUCCAUAUAUCUCCACUGGUUCAAUUGUGGCCUGGAGUUAUGGCCUUUACUAUGCUGCCUUGGACUGGCAACUUGGAAUCCCCAGUUUUGGCUUUCUAAUUUCCUUUGCAUACCUUAUCAGGUCAUUUUACCUUAGUUUGGAAGGACCUGAUGCGAUAAUCAGCCAGACUCAAUUCACUCAGAUUGCUUUGGGUGUUCAUGUCGUUUGCUGGUUGGCUCAGUUCUAUGGACAUGCCGUGCACGAGAAAAGAGCUCCUGCUUUGAUGGACAAUUUGCUUCAAGCUUUGGUCCUUGCGCCAUUCUUCGUGGUCUUUGAAGUUGCUUUCGCCUUGGGCUACAAGUUGGAUAUCAAGAAAACCAUGGAUAACAAAGCUGGUAAGUUGGUGAUGGAAAUGAGAGAGAAGGAAAAGGAGCAGAACAGAGAGAAGGAGAAGAAAGCCGCCUAA